GGUUGUUGGUAUUGCUCGAACGUUCGCAAAAAACUGUUGAAAAUACUUGGAUAAAAUACUUGUGUGACAAAAUAGUAAUUUAGCAAAUAAUUCUGUUGUGUGAAGAGUUCUAAAUAGCGUGUGCAAAAUGUAUUUUUUGGCAUUGCUUGCGUUCAUUGGAAAUGCCAAAGAUGGAAACGCGGUGAGCUCAAGCCUAGUACCCGGUGGCCACUGCCGCGACUACAAUGGGAAGUUAUACGAGACGGGCAUGCACUACAUGCCCGGACCCGACUCCUGCCGCCUGUGCACCUGCGACAGCGGACUGCCCAAGGCCUGUAAGAUGGUACUCUGCGAGGCGUUCAGCAAGUGCAAGUCUUUUCAGACCGUUGGUAGCGGCAAUAAUUGCUGCGAGGUGAUCUGCCUGGACGACCAGUUCAGCGACGGGAGCACGGACUUUGGCAUUUGACUGGUGGCCAGUGGCAUCACGGCCACGCUCUCGCUUUCAUUGCUCUUCUUCCUGGUCAAUCGGUUGCGGCAGCGCAAGAUGCGAGCGCGGGAGAAUCGCCAGAAUGCUGAGGAUCAGCGCAGCAUCGUGGGCAGCAUUGGUUACAUUGCCGGAAACAUGGGCUACAUGGAGGGCAAUCUAAGCGCCAUUGACUACUCCUAUGGCGGCGCUGCCACCCACUAUCCCUUGUGGAAGCCGCACUUCCCGCGAGGCGAAGCUCCACCGCCUUAUGAGGAAGCGGUGGCUAUUUCACAAGCGGAAGCCUUGAGCGCACAGUGCACGGUGAGCCUACCAGCCAGCAGCUCUCAGAGAGCGGUGGCCACUGUCAGCCAGCAACAGCAGCAGGCGGUGGCUCAAGCCCAAGCACAGGCUCAGGCACAACAGAUCCAGGCGCAGGUACAGGCUCACCAGCACCUUCAGCAGCACACGCUUCAACUGCAUACUCAGCCGCAGCAGCACCACCAGCCGUAUACCCAACAACUGGUCGCGCAUCCGCAUGCUCAGCAUAGCCACCAGUUGGCCGCGGCCGCUCCAGUACUGCCCCAAUCGAACCAGUACACCCAGAGCACCACAAACUUGAUUAACAUUAACAUCAACAGUGGCGGAGUAACCACCAUAGCCACCGGGGAGAACCACCAACCGCCUUACAGCUUGCAGAGUGAGCAGCAGCAGCAGCAGCAGCUUACCUUGGAGCAACAUCAUCAUCAGCAGCAGCAGCAGCAACAGCAACACCUUAUGCAGCCUCCGGUAAGCAGUGGAUCUAUUUGUCUGCAGGCCAUGCCAAAGCCGCCAGUCUCCGCGGAGUGUAGCUACAAGAACUGCCAUCUCAACAUCAGCGCCAGUGUGACCACAGCGGCGGCCAGUUCGAGUUCGGCUGUCUACUCGACGGGCCGCAGGACGACACCUCGCGGAUCGCAAGAGCUGCUCCACCAGCUGCCACAGCAGCAACAGUAUCUCACCGUAGCCGACGUGGAAAUCAAUGCAAGCGCCAGUGCCGCUAGCUAUCAUUCCCUACCAGCAGCCAGUGGGGAACUUCAGGCCACGCCCACUCACGCCCAGGUGUUGCAGCACCAGCAGCAGCAGCAGCAACAUCUGCUGGCGGCCAUAUCCUCCCCGGCAAUGGAGCUCCUGCAACCCCUGGAAAUUGCUACAAUAUCAGCUACACCAGCGUCAAGUACAGCGGAUUCGGUAACGCAGACGACACAAAUGCCUCUGCACGGAACCCUAAAGAACAGCCAACAACAACAGCAGCAGCAGCUCAGCAAGACUCCAUCUAGUUCGCGUCGCUACCAUCGCACGAUUCCGCGAUAUUUCGCUGUGGCCGAUCCUCUGCAGGUAAAGCCGAAGACCAGCAACAGCUCUACAUCCACAUCGGAAGUGGGCACAAAGCAGGCCAACAAGAAACCCAUGUGCCAGUGUCCCAUCCAGCACGUACCGAUGACCUACAUGGGGAGCACUGCCAACGCCAAUGCCUUUCUUAGCGGAGCUGGCAAGUUGUUUGCCACCACCUCAAGCAGCAGCAGCUCGACGCCCACCUGCUCCCUGUCACCGGGGGCGGCGACAUCUGGCGGUGUCCGGCAUGCGGCCACCUUAGCCUAUGGACAGCGAGCCAAAUCAUCGACCAAUCUGCAGCAGCACGCCCAGGACUUAAUCACGGCAGCGGCGGGUGGAGGGACUUUAAGGCGGAGCGGAUGUGGCCACGAGCCAAAGAUAGCCACCAUCUCCAAACAGGUGGGCGAUGAGACUCACAGUCCGCAUCUCGUAUCAGGUGGCGGGGUCAAUGUGUCCGCCAUCAUUCCACCGCCUCCGCUGCAGCAUCCCGAAGAGGUUUCCGCCCCUCCGAUUGUGCUGGGACGCGUUCAAAAGCGUUCAUCCAGUAGCUCUGCGGAACGGGGUCGAAGUACGAGUGGGGGGAGCGGUAGCGCUAACGGGGGACGUAGUGCGUCCAGCGGGGGCGGUGAUUCCCUCUCCAGCGCGUACUUGAAUCGAAAGGUUGAUGCCUACUUGAGUUUGACGCAGAAACAGCAGCAACAUUUCUAUAACCAACAACAACAUCAGCAGCAGCAGCAUCAUCAAGAUCUAAGCAAUCCGACUUUACCACCGAAACUCUACAAAAGCCUAACGAAUUUAAAGAGCGCCACCGUGGUCACCACAUCCUCCUCCUCCUCGUCCGCCAGCGGCAGCAACGCCGUGUCCACCAUCUACACCCUAAGCAAGCCGUCAUCCAGUGGGCAGCGCAAGGAGCAGACUCCCACGCUAACGCUGCCGCCGGCGAGUCCGGGCGCAGGAUGCGGAGAGAAACUUGCCAGCGGAAAGAUCAACUCGAGCACAUUCUAUCCGCUGGCCAACCACGUCACGUACACACUGCCCAAAAACAUCAGCGGAAAGGUAUCCCUGAACAGCACCAUCAACAGUGUGGUCAGCAAGGUGCCCUCAGUGAUCAGCAUUCCGCCGGACAGCAGCUCGAUUGGCCAGGGAGGAGCUCCGGCAAAAAGCACCACACUGCCAAAGAUAUUGCGGGUCAAGCGAGAGACUCGAGCAGGAACGGGCACAAGUCCGGCGAUUGCCCAUUGCCAAAUGCCAACGUACCCGUUGACUCCAAAGAGCAACAGCAGCGGCGCCGGCUCCGGGGGAUCCAGCAAACGAUCGCCCAACAAACAGUUACCCGUGUGCACCACUUCGAAGAAUUGUCUGAACCCCAAGGAGCACUUUCUGCCCAACGACACCAGCUUGGAUGAUGACUACCUUAGUGAGUGCGAGAACUGCAAGAUAGCCCAGAGUGCCAAGUAUUAUUUGGAUGCGGAAAUGAACGGUGGCAGCUCUACGGCCUCGCACCAGGAGACGAUGACUCUACAGCGCAAGUCGCUGGAGGAAACCAUGGAAGAGCCCCACGACAGCUACUACCGGAAUUCGCACACUCUGCCCAGUAAUGCCAAGAAGCAUGGUUCAGUUAGUAAAAACAACCAGGAGUCUUGGCAGUUCUCGACGAUUCCCGCUGCCAGCUCAUCGGAGGAGGAUGUUAACGAAUGAGAUUUAAGCCAUUUUCUUUAAGAUGCCCGAUCGAUCCCAUGCCCCGAAGCGCAUCCUAAAGAAAACGCAGGCUCCAAACACAUCCAAACACUAUCCCAAUCCCCGGAAGGCAAAUAAACUUGAGUAGAGCGAAGUUAAAACUACUAAAGGCUGCUGCAAAGAAGGAUAGAAAUCGUGUGUAUAUAUAUAUAACUUGAAUAUACUAUAAUUUAAGGCAAAAAAUAUGUGUGAGUAGGAGGUGGCAGAGUAACCAAUUGAUUGUUAGAUAUUAGCUAUGGCGAUAAGCAUCAACCCAACAGCAGCAUGUAAGUCCGCGUGUUUGUUAAAUGCACACCUGUAUGUAUAUCUAUGUAUGUAUGUAAUUGAAUCUGUAUAUUAUGCGAUAGAAUAAGAGAGUCAGGCCGAGGAAAUAAAUCAAUUAUAGCCCAUGCAUUAUUAGCGGAACUGUUAAAUAUUUAGCAUAUAUAUGUAUAUGAAAUUGAUAAUUAGGAUGUCAAGCCCAACUGCCAUCUGCCAUUUUGCCAAUGUUAACUGUCAAUAAUUGUGUAUGUAUGUAAAAUCUAAACAACUUUUUAUAUACUAUAUAGGUACUGACCAAAAGUCAAGGUAUUCUUCCCCUGCAGCUGCACCGAACAUUGCACAAAACAACUUGUAGGAUAAACCAAUUGACAUCUGCAUAUACAUACAUACAUAUAUGUAGAGGAAAGAAUAGAAUACGUAUUAGAAUUGAAAUCUCAUUCCGACAUUGCAUUCCAUCCCAUUUGCCCCGCUUUAUAAAUACCAAUUGAAAUUGUAAUUUUUUUUCCAAAACUGAAUCGAAAUGAAUGUACCAUAUAAAAUAAAAGAAAACUAAGUCAGUUUAUAGGAGUAAGAAAUCGUUUUUCGAACAUGCUAGGCGUAGGCGGUGUGAAGGUUUAUAGACAUUAGACGGUUUCUUGAUCGAUAACGAAGGACUUGCUAGAGAAUAACUUUCGUUUGCUUCUUAAUGACAGUCUAAUGCCAACGAUACGAGCACGAUAUAUAAGCAUAUAAGUAAAUGUAUAUGAAAUACAGGUAGAGGAGUAUUAGGGUCUUGAAAGGAAAGGCUCUCUAUUAAAGAAUGAAUUGUCUGAUUUAAUCAAUUUUGCAAAAACUAGUCGAUACUAAGCCAGGAGUUAUGCAAGCAAUUAGUCAAAGCCUAUAUUGGACAAACGCCAAAGUUACCCGAGAGGAAAUUUCCCUGAUUUUAGACUUAGUUUUCUUAUAUAUAGUAUAUUUUAGUUCUAACAUUCUCCAAGGACAAGGACAGGAACUUGGCAAUGGUUUUUGUUCCGCUUUUGGUUGUAAUCGAUCUCAGACCUGAUAAACUGUAUUGUGUUCAACGGAUGCUCAAAAUAGCUGUAAUACAUUCUGAUAAGUGUAAAUGGUACAAUUUGUUGCUUAAGUUCGUACUUACUACAUAUUGUAUGUUCAACGAAGACUUGCUGUUAUCAAAUGCUCAAAGCGUGUACUGACCACAACGCAAUCGUGUCGCCCCAAGAACCCGGGGAGAGUAGUUUAGCGAACAAAAAAAAAUUAAAGUAUUACAAAACUUACUCAAUAGUAUUAAAUAAACUAAAAUCAAACGUUUUUCAAUAUAUACUUAUUAGUCGAGUCGAGUCGUUUAUCAAAAUUUAGUUUCCAACUAUUCAAUGAACAGAAAAACAACAUAUGUACAUCACGGCUAAGUACGAAUUUUUAUUCAAUAAGCUACAUAUAUAUUUACUAUUAAACGACGUCUCAAGAAAACCAAAUAUAUUGAAUUAACACGCUAAAAAUACUUGGUAAUGGUAGUAUAAUAAUUGCAAACCAUAAACAAGAAAUAAUAAUUAAACUAGUGUGUGGAAUAUAGUUAAAACAAAUUUACCAAAAUCGAAUAAAAACCAAACUCGUUUCAACCCACAAAUUAUUCAAUACAAUUCAAGUCGAUAUUGAGAUUUGUAUGGAUAAUUGCUUAAACAAACCAAAAUAUUACGAGUAUCAAUGUGUUAAUUGAACAAAAGUCGUAUUGUAACUAUUUAAAUUUAAUUG